AUGAGAACUUGUGCUGGUACUGGUGAUCUAUCCCCGUCUCUAAUUUUGACUUCACGCAGAGUCCAAGAGCCAUCAGGGUUGAGCAUUUACAUAAUCGCAUGCAAUGGUAUCAACUUUCUCUAUCAACUCUCACUAGCAGAGUUGAUAUUGAGCCUUUUAGGACGGUUUAUGAUCGCGGGCUCGCUACCCGGUCAUGACAGAAUAUCAACUCUAACGGGUCAGACGUUCGAUUCACGGCUCUCACCUUAUGUGUGGGGUUUCACCCUGAGCUCAGGUUUCAUCCUGAGAGGUUGGUCUGGGGUCGCCAACCAUCCCAUGGUCGAAUCGGAGGAUUCGACGUUCCUAGUUCCUAGUUCGAGUUCCGAGAGCGUGGAUACCUGCCGAGGGUACCUGACUUGCAAACCCACAGGCUUGGGGGGGCCUGCCGGGGUUUGGGGUUCAGAAGUACUGCUGUCGAGACGCCAGCUUCCCUGA